AUGACGUACCUCCGCGUCGGCAUUGCUGCCGACGCGGCGACUACGCUCGCGCGCGCGUGCGCCAUUGCGAUCCGCUACGCUGCGAUCCGGAAGCAGUUCGCGGACGAGGACAAGCCCAAGGACGGCGAGACGGCUGUGCUCAACUACAGCCUUGUGCAGCAGCGUCUCCUCCCCCUCAUCGCGACUUCUUAUGCGCUCUAUUUCGCGUGCCAGGAACUCAAGGACCUGUACGCCAACUACGACAAGCUCCUCUCCGCGGGCAAGACGCAGCAGGCCGAGGCCCUCCUCGCCGAGCUGCACGUGCAGUCCUGUGCGCUCAAGAGCCACGGCACCACCAUCUCCGUCGAGGGCAUCGAGACGUGCCGUCGCGCAUGUGGCGGACACGGCUACGCGCAGUACUCGGGCAUCGGACACUUGUACGCCGACAUGCUGCCCAGUGUCACGUACGAGGGCGACAACUACAUGCUCACGAAGCAAGUCUCCCGCAGUAUCCUCAAGGCGGCCAAGCUCGGCGUGCCCCUCUUCCAGGAGGCGAAGAACGCCAAGGGCGGUAUCUCCAAUGACGACCUCGUUGCCGCGUUUGCGCGCCGUGUCGCCUUCCUCACGACCCAGCAGCAGCAACUCGCCAAGGACGGGUGGAGCAAGAACGCCCUCCUCGUCCCCGGCUGGCGCCUCUCAACCGCUUACGCGCAGUACGUCAUCGUCUCUGCGUUUGCGCGUGCGCUUCCCAAACUCGCUGCCCAGCUGCCCGCCCCUACGGCCCAGGCGCUCGGCGACCUCUUCCGCCUCCACGCCCUGGUCACGCUGGACGCCUCCGCGUCCGAAUUCGCCGACGCCGGCGCGCUCCCCGCGCAGCUCGGCUCGGGCAUCCAGCGCCAAAAGGCCAUCGCCGACGCGCUCGCCAGGGUGCGCCCCAACGCCGUCAACCUCGUCGACGGGUGGGCGUUCAGUGAUCUCGUCCUCAACUCGAGUCUCGGACGCGAGGACGGCCGCGUGUACGAGGACAUCUUCCGCCGCGCGGCGACGAAUCCCGUCAACGAGCUUGUCUUCGACCCCAGGCCCGAGAGCAAGGUCAUCGUCAAGAGGCGCGAGGGAGCGGCCAAGCUCUAA